GUUUAAAUCUCUCCCUGGAGGGAGGGGGGGUCGGGAAAGGGGCGCUGUUGCGCCGGACUGGGGGAGGCGGCGGUUGCUGCUCCAAGAUGGCGGAUGAGGAGACUCUGCUCCUCCAACCGCGUAGCGGCCGCUGCGCUGCUGCUGAGAGUGCCGAGCCCCUACCUAAGCGCCAGCGCCUGGACUCGGAAGGCGGCGGCGGGCGGGGCUCGGUGACGGGGAAGGGCCUAGGCUCAGGACGAGGAGAUGGGACGGCGCCCACCUCAGGCUCCGCGGCUGGGGCGCCGGCGAGGCUGCAGGGGGAGGUAGCGGCGGCGGCGGACUGGAGUGGCGCGGAGAACGGGGCCGGGCUGCGGGGCCUGCCCCGCGAGGAGCCGCCCCCGCAGCAGCAGGAGGAGGGGGCGGAGACGGCGCCCAGCGGAGACGCGGUGGAGACGGCCAUUGGCUGCAGACGGUCGCAGUGGUCACACGGGGCGGCCGACGCGGCUGCCCCGCAUCCCGCGUUUGCAGGCACCAUUUCCCGCAGCUCCCAUUGGCUGGGAACCGCGAACCACGGCCACAGGGGGUUGAGUAGCUCCGUGCCUGUGAAUGCUCCAGAUGACAUCCUUUUUAGUGAUGAAAUCGUAGCCAAUGGUUUCCAUUCCUGUGAUAGUGAUGAAGAUGACCGAGCCUCACAUGCAAGCUCUAGUGACUGGACUCCAAGACCACGUAUAGGUCCCUACACUUUUGUUCAACAACAUCUCAUGAUAGGCACAGACCCACGGACAAUUCUGAAGGAUUUGCUACCAGAAACAAUUCCUCCUCCUGAACUGGAUGAUAUGACUCUGUGGCAGAUUGUUAUAAACAUUCUUUCAGAACCACCAAAAAGGAAAAAACGAAAAGAUAUUAAUACUAUUGAGGAUGCUGUGAAACUUUUACAAGAGUGCAAAAAAAUAAUUGUCUUGACUGGAGCUGGGGUGUCUGUUUCUUGUGGAAUACCUGACUUUCGAUCAAGAGAUGGCAUCUAUGCACGCCUUGCAGUAGAUUUCCCAGACCUUCCAGAUCCUCAAGCAAUGUUUGAUAUAGAAUACUUCAGAAAGGAUCCAAGACCAUUUUUUAAGUUUGCAAAGGAAAUAUAUCCUGGACAGUUCCAACCAUCUCUCUGUCAUAAGUUCAUAGCUUUGAUGGACAAAGAAGGAAAACUACUUCGCAACUAUACUCAGAACAUAGACACACUGGAACAGGUUGCAGGAAUCCAAAGGAUAAUUCAGUGUCAUGGUUCCUUUGCAACAGCUUCCUGCCUCAUCUGUAAAUACAAAGUUGACUGUGAAGCUGUUCGAGGAGACAUUUUUAAUCAGGUUGUUCCAAGAUGUCCCAGGUGUCCACCUGAUGAACCACUUGCCAUCAUGAAGCCAGAGAUAGUGUUCUUUGGAGAAAACUUACCUGAGCAGUUCCAUAGGGCCAUGAAGUAUGACAAAGAUGAAGUUGAUCUCCUUAUUGUUAUUGGGUCUUCACUGAAAGUAAGACCAGUAGCACUGAUUCCAAGUUCCAUCCCCCACGAAGUGCCUCAGAUCUUAAUUAAUAGGGAACCUUUGCCUCAUCUACACUUUGAUGUGGAGCUUCUUGGAGACUGUGAUGUCAUUAUUAAUGAAUUAUGUCAAAGGCUAAGUGGUGAAUAUACAAAACUUUGCUAUAACUCAGUAAAACUUUCAGAAAUAACAGAAAAACCUUCACGAAUGCACAAGGAACUUGAAAUGCAUUCGGCUGAGUUACCACCUACCCCUUUAAAUAUUUCUGAAGACUCUAGUUCACCGAACAGAAUUACACCGCCAGAUCCUUUAGUGGUACCUUCAGUUGGAUGCUCUCAGAGUAAGGCAGAAAAUUCUGAUCCUGCCUCGGAAUCUAAAGGGAAUUGCAUGGAGGAUAAAUUGCAAGAAGCACAAGCAUGCUCAGAAAACUCUGAAAGUAUUACUGGCCAGUUAAUCAACUCAGAACAUAUGAAGGAUAAUAGAUCUAACAAGGAGGAAAAUAAAGAGAAAAAUGAAAUAACUUCAUCCGUUGAAACAUUGAGGAAAUGUUUGGCAAACAGAUUUGCAAAAGAACAAAUUAGCAAGCGGCUUGAUGGUACUCAAUACUUAUUUUUACCACCAAAUCGCUACAUUUUCCAUGGGGCUGAGGUAUACUCAGACUCUGAAGACGAUGUCCUAUCAUCUAGUUCUUGUGGGAGUAGUAGUGAUAGUGGUUCUUGUCAUAGUCCAAGCUUAGAUGUAGAAGAUGAAAGUGAGAUUGAAGAAUUCUAUAAUGGCAUGGAGGAGGAGGAUGCUCCAGAGAGAGAAGAGGAGACUGGAUUUGGGGAAGAUGGAGUGGUUCAAGAUGCAGUUGGUGAACCAGCUUAUAUAAAUGAAGCUGCAGGAAUUGAUCGUCCAUCAAACAAAUUGUAAAGUAAUCAUUGACUGGUUACAGGAACUUUUCCACCAGCUUUAGCAUGUUGAAAUGAAUGUUUACUUCUGAACUUAAAGCAAGGAAACCAUAAGGAUGUAAUGUUCAUAAACAACUAAAACAGAUUUUCAUGCAGUUUUUUAAAACUUUUUUCAAUAAAAUUUUGUAACUGCAUUCAACACUAAUUGUUUUAUUUUAAAAAAGGUACUAAGAGUAUCUUUAAGCAAUUGUCACUAUGUUCACUUUUAUUAAGUUUAUUUGUGUGAUCAGGCAUCUGUGUGUGUAUAUAUACAUGCACACAUACAGUAUUUUUGCUUAAUAAAUAUCAUAUUAUUUUAAGCAGUUUUGAAAAAGCCAUUGGAAUGUUAAACUAAUAAAAAGGGAACAGCUAAUCUAGACCAAAGAAUGGUAUUUUUACGCCUCAUGGCUUAUAACAGUUUGGUUUAUUUAUAACCUCUUUGUGCUUUUGCUAAUUCUUUCAUUCUUUUAUAAUCUGUCAUUAAACACUGGCAUUUUUCAAGACUUUCUGUGGCAGCUACUUUUUGCUUUGUUACUUUGAAUAUUUGAGACCGUGUCAGUAGAUAGUUAAAAAUAAAACAAGACAGAGAGCACUUGAAAAUGUUUUUGCCUUUCUGAGACUUAUAUAAAGUGCUCUGAAGAGCAUCAUGCUUAAUUAGCAUUUUUGAAGGAUGACUGAUAUUUCCUGUGGACAUGAAGCAUUGUCUAUAUUGGCUCAUAAAACAAGACAAUAAGAAAUGCUAUGAAAAUAUUUGUUUCUAUUAAAGAAACAAAUUGGAUUCUCUAACUGCAGAAGUUUUUCAAGUUCUUGUAUAAAAGGUCUAUCAGUGUAGUACAGCUUGCAUAAAUCCUUUCUGAUAAACUGCCAAGCUGUUAAAAUGCAAACUAUUAUGAAUUUGUAAAUCUUACUUCUAGGAGAAUGUAAGGAGGGGAAGAUCUUUUCCCAAAUAUCUGAGUGCUUAUCAUUUGAACUAGUUUCUCCCUUUUCUGUUACACAAAAAGUUGGCAAUUAGCUGCUUACACUUCUAAAGUAAUUGGUAAAAUGCAGUGUAACCAUAACUCAACUAGAAAGCGUGCCUCUUUGAGGUUCUGUCUCCUGUCUGGAGAAUGAUACCUUAUUACCUACUAGUUCAGUGUUUUUGUACUAGAAAGCAAAUCAGCUACUGAAAUUGGCUCCUACAGUGUAUCUUCAAAUGCUAGGUUGCCUUAAAACUGGAUGUCACACUUUUUUUCAACUGUAGAUUUGUUUCCAUGCUUUUAGAAUUAAAUAUUUUGCAAAAUUGCACAGUAUAGUAGCAAGUGAAGCAUUUGUUUUCUAUAAACCACUUUCUUGCAACACCGACCCAAAAGAACUCUACAGCUGUAGAUUAUUCAUACUUUGCUUUAAUAUUUAUUACAUUUUGGAAUAUGUAUAGUAGCUGUUCUUUAAACAUAAAAUCAGUUAUGUAAUUCAGAGACUUUCAAAUGUAUUAAGAAUGGCCUUCUGUGUUCAUCUAAAAAAUGUUGGCAUGUUGUCUCAUGGUCCAAAUUUUAUGUCAGAUUUUAUUUGGCUACAUUACAGAAUGCAGUAUGUUUAGUUUUCACUUGCAUGUCACAAUGUAUUAGUUUGAGUUAUAGGAGAUAUUUUAAAUUGAAAGAUUUUGUUUUAAAUUAUUUUUACAGUGAGGAUUGUUUUCUGCUCUUUUAUAUUGUAUAUAGUGUCUUUUAUGUAAUCUACUGGCAUAUGUUUUGUAGAAGACUGUUUAAAAUGACUGGCUCUCUUCCUGCAACUUUUGAAAUGCAAACCAGUGUUUUAUACUCGUACACUCUCUGUUCUAAAGUCUAUUAAAAUUGUCAUUUGACUUUGUCCCUGUUAAGAAUUUGUGUACAGAGCUUUAACGUAUCUUAUAAAAGUUCUAAAUUUGUCAACUGAUGUCAUAUGAAAUAUUUACAGGUGCAGGCUGUGAAACAUAUUUAUUGUGGCUCUUUUCUCCCUUACAGUUUAUUUCAGUGAAUGUGAAAAGAUAGCUAAGUGCUGGCGCAAGAGCUUCUCUGUGUAGGAGAGAUACAGUCGUGACAAAGAGUUUUUUUUUCCCCUUACCCAUUGAGUGGCCCCUUGGAAAAGAAAGCAGGAGUGGAGAUUGAACAGCCUACUGUCAAUUUCCAUGAAAUCUUUAACCUCUUAAACAGUAAAGACAGAUGUUACCUGUGGUAGCUUUUUGUCAGAUAGAACCAUCCUCCCUGUGCCUUAUUUCACAUACAGCAAGCUAUGAAAACAUUUAGUUGAAGGUGGGCAGCAAUAAAUUAACACACCUACAUUAGCAGACAUCUCUUUUGGUCACUACAUUCAGCACAGUACCCAAGACCAGUUCUUUGCAAAGUAACUGCUCUACAGGUAUGUAACUGUGUGUAGACUAGCAAUCUAGCCAAUUAGAAGUUAGCAAUAACUCACCCCAUAUUUAUGGUAUUGGGUGGUUUGUUUUUUAAGUUAGGGAAUGGUAAGAUCCAGUGUUUUACUCUUCCUUUACAGGGCUUUUUUACUUCUGUAUACCCCAAGGCAGGUGUUAACAUAUUGGAUGAAGUGUAACUGCAUGUAACCUCUUACUAUUUUGUCCAAGUUCUUGUGUGGGACUUGCUAUCCUGAGACCAAAUAAAAGACGACAGUGGUAAGAAAAUCAAA